AUGGCUCUAGAAAGCAAUGGCGACCGGCCGCUCAAAGAAGAACAAUUAGAUGCCAAAGAACCGACGGUUAUCGCUAAAAUACAUUUCCCGGAAUUCGAUCCGGAUGAUAUUGAGACCUGGUUCAUCUUGAUUGUCGCGCUAGGAUCGCGUGCCAAAUAUGUGCAUUCAGUGAUUGCUAAGUGUAAUGCCACUAACACUAACGACAAAUAUGACGUUCUAAAGGCUGCCGCCAUUGCACAUUUUCGACCGUCGGAAUCGCAGCGACUGACCAGCCUCCUCUCUGGAAUGACCUUGGGUGAUCAGAAACCGAGCGUACUUUUGUCAGAAAUGCGCCGUCUAGGUGGUGUUGGUUGUACUGACAGUGUAUUAACUAACCUCUGGCUGCGAGCCCUUCCACAUACCACGUGUUCAAUCAUAGCCGCCAUGCCAGCUGCCACUCUUGACGAACAAGCAAAGGUGGCGGACAAAAUUCUUGAAGCACCCCGCGAGCAGAUUUCAGCUGUACGAGUAGCCGAACCAUCUUCGAUAUUAUCUCUCGAACAGAGAAUCGAAGCACUAUCACGCCGCCUCGAUGAAGCAUUAUCGUGCGUUCGCGGACGAGAUCGACACAACAGCCGCACACGCGAUCGAUCAUUCGACAGACGCGAAGGAACUCCAGCCCGCAGUAAAACUCCCCGACGGUGGAUCUGCUGGUUCCAUUACAAACAUGGUGCCGAAGCUCGGAAGUGUGAGAAGACCAAAAGCGAUAAUCCCAACGUCAAGUGCAUUGUUUUCGACGGACGUGUCGAGGUGUACACUCGCCCAAAGGAAAGUUGA